UGUGGGAACUGUCUAUGUAUGCAUGUGUGUGAGAGAGGGUGAUAGAUUAAGAACAAUGCCAGCCAUUCUGGCUGUGUAUUUGGAUGCUAUAUCUUGCUCUGUGUGCUUAUGGUUGUAUUGCAUGUGAGCUCAGUGUUUAUAGGUUUUAUGUACCAGCAUUACAGUUUAGUUAGCCAGUUUAGUGGCUGGGACUCAGACAACAGUGGAAUGGAUCCUCCUAACAGUGUUUCCCUGUCAUGUCCGCUCGGUCACCAGGUACCUCAGGAUGAGUGGAGUGGCUUCUCUCCUCUGGGGAAGGAGGAUGACAUCCCAUGUCGGAGGAUGAGGAGCGGCAGCUAUGUCAAAGCCAUGGCUGAGGACGACAGUGGAGACUCGGAUGGGAGUCCCAAACCUUCUCCCAAGAUCCAGGCACGACGGGCCAGCUACUUGAAAGCCACUCAGCCAUCACUGACUGAGAUGACCACUCUACAGAUUUCGACGGAGCACUCCCCCAAGCUGCAGAUCAGGAGCCACAGUUACCUGCGUGCGGUGAGUGAGGUUUCAAUCAAUAGAAGCCUGGACACCCUGGACCCCAAAACCCUCCUCGACCCCAAAUCGCUGCUGUCCUCACCCCAAUACCGCUCACGCAAUGAAAGCUACAUGAGGGCCAUGAGCACCAUCAGUCAGCUGAGUGAGGUGGAGGUGAACGGGCAGAUUGAGCAGGUAUGUGAGCAGGUCUACAGUGAGAUGCAGUCCCAGGCCAUGGAGGCCGCCAUGGACAGCAUGGACACCAUGGACACCAUUGACACUCUGCCCAUGCCAGGAUGCUUCAGAAUGCGGAGUCACAGCUAUGUGAGGGCGAUCGACCAAGGCUGUGCUGGGGAGGAGGAAGGAGAAGGAGGGAGACCGCUGCUCCUGCUGCCAUCGUCCCCACCACGCACAUCUGCCACCACCGUCAGGACCAUCCAGAGCAGCACAGUUUCAUCUUGCAUCACCACGUAUAAGAAAACUCCUCCACCAGUGCCGCCCCGAACCUCCACCUGCUCAACGGCCUCCAAGCCCUACAUCUCUAUCACAGCACAGAGCAGCACAGAAUCUGCACAGGAUGCAUACAUGGAAGAGGAGGGACCAAGAGGUGACAUGACCAUUCAAUCGGGGCUCAGUAACUCAACAGAAAGCAUCGAUAGCAUGAAAGCCUUGACAGCAGCCAUAGAGGCUGCUAAUGCACAGGUCCAUGGACCAGCCAGUCAGCAUGUCAGUAACAGCACCAUGACAGUCGGAGUACCCGCCCCCUCAGUCUUGAGCAGGGGGCUGGUUGUUGAAGACCAUCGGGACGAAUACAGGAAAGAAGUACUCAGGAAGAGCAAAUGUCUCUCCAUAGGCAUCCAGGUUGAUGGACCAGAAGAAGUUCCAGAUCCAGAGGACCCAUCUAAGUUCACUUCUGUAGGAGUACAAGUGGAGGAUGACAGAGGGUAUCGUCGGUUCCAGCGCUCCAACAGUGUGACAGCAGCUGUACAGGCAGAUCUGGACAUGCCAGACCUGCUGGACACUCCCCUAAACUCUCCGGACACUGACAUGGAAGUCCUGUCAUCUGGUGCCCUUUCUCGACAAUACUCCCGUGAUGCCGCCACCUCCACCGUCAGCAUCCAGGGCUCAGGGAACCACUACCACGCCUGUGCCUCUGAUGAAUAUGAAGAUGUGGGCUUUGACCCGUCGAUCCUCCCCCCUCCAGACCCCUGGAUAGACAGCGUCACUGAUGACUCACUUGAUGUCAACUUCAAUAGCUCAGCUAUUCUGGAGGUGGUGCAGAGGUCAGUGUGUCAGAGAGAUGGACGCUGGUUUCUGAAACUGCUGCAGGCCGAGACAGACCGCAUGGAGGGCUGGUGUCGACAGAUGGAGCUGGACCAGCAGGAGAAUGACCUGCCUGAGGACAUUCUUGGGAAGAUGAGGAGCGCUAUAGGAAGUGCUCAGCUUCUGAUGUCCCAGAAGUUUCAACAAUUCAGGGAGCUGUGUGAGGAGAACCUGAACCCCAACGCCCACCCUCGUCCUGUGGCCUCAGACCUGGCUGGUUUUUGGGAUAUGCUUCAGCUGUCAAUUGAGAACAUAAGCCUCAAGUUUGAUGAGCUUCACCAGAUCAGAGCCAACAAUUGGAGACCCCUGGACCCCCCGGAGAGAAAGGAGAGGCGGCUCCCACCUCCGGUGCCAAAAAAGCCACCCAAGGGCCCCCACCACCACCCCCCUCUGGCCAGAGAUCGCUCACUGGAGAGUUCAGAGAAGCAGCGGCAGGAGGCCAGGAAGCGCCUGAUGGCCGCCAAGAGAGCUGCAUCCGUACGACAAAACUCAGCCACGGAGAGUGCUGACAGCAUCGAAAUCUACAUCCCUGAGGCUCAGACAAGGCUAUGAGGAUAUUACCAGGGACAUACACAGGGUUGCCAUGCAGUACACAUAGACACACCAUACACAAAAACGCGUGAUUGUCCACACCUAGCAUUGAAUUCCAAGACCCACAAGAGCCUAUGUAAGUGUGCAGGCAGCAGACCAUGAGCUGUAAGAUCUGUCCAAACCUCUAAGAAUGCAUCAAGACUUUACAGUGUAGACCCAUGACUCAUGCAGCAUACCUGUAAUGUUGGUACGAUGCCUUUACAUUACUUAAGGCCAACUCCGAGACCUCAACUGUCAUUUUUAUGAAGCCACAGCAGCUAUGUUACACUGGGGUGUAACAUACCGGGAUGGGGUACAUCUGCUACUGUUGCACAUGUAGCAGGUGUACCCCACCAUCAGGUGUCAAAAAGAGAAAAAAAAUCACCUUCUAAAUUGAGCUGAAGUAAAACAAAUGAUCUUGUUUCAAGCACCCUAAGUUUCCAUUUUCCCAAGAACACUGAUUGGUCAGGGUUAAGACCUGCAUAUGCCUAAAACAAGAGGCUUGUUGAGUCAUCUAACAGAAUCUGAAACCCUCUUUGUCAUGAAUAAAUGUAGGGAGGGGUUCUGCAUCCAAGAGUUUUUUGCCAUGCUAGCGGCAUGGCUCUAUGGAUUGUAAUGUCGGUCAGUCUACCACUUUUGUCCAGACUGUAUUAUCUCGACAAUUAUCAGAUGUAUUACCAUGAAACUUACAAGAUAUAUUCAAGGUCCCUUGAGGAUAUGUUCUAAGCACUUUUGUGAUCCUCUGACCUUUCCUUUAGUACCACCAAUAGGUCAAAGUUUUAACUUACACUGGGAUAUACUGAAUGCCAACAUCUACUUGAUGGAUUUGCACAAAAUGCAGUACAGACUUUGGUGAUUCUUUGGCUAUUGUGAAAUAACCACACACAUUGAUGUUCCCUGGAGGAUGAAUUGUAAUAACUUGGAGCCAUCACCUGCAAAACUAAUGACAUGCCCAUCAGCAGAUGUCAACUGCAGUCUCAGCCUUAAAAGUUUGGACAGAUCAAAAAAGACUUAGUCUAGCCUUUGGUAGAUGUUGAAGGCGCUGGAUGUGUUGUCUUUUGGUCUGUGGGUCUGUGGGACUUUACACCCACAUACAUUCAUAACCCUGCUAUGUCACAUGCAGGAUCACACUCACACAUGCACAUCAGUAUCCACAUAUUUCUUUCAGGUCUUGUGGCUGUAUGAACACUGCAGGUUGUUGUAAUAUAAAAACAGUGUCUCUCUCUUCUUAUUGGUGAAGAGAAUGCCAUGAUCACUGUUUCUCUCUCAUCUUCCUCCCUGUGUCCACACUACAUUAGUUCUUUAUGGAACUUAGGAACUUCAUGUAUUGAUUGACUGGUAUUUUCUUCCUCUAUGGUGAUCCCUCUUAAAAACGGGGAAAUAUUUUUAAAGGAAUUUUUUUUUUCUUACAAACUUAGUUGUGUUUUCAUUGUCAUCUCUUUUAUUUUUGACCAUUUAAACUAAACCGUAUUAAUAUGUCACAGGGACUCUGCAGGGCACAAACAAGAGUCAUCAGACUGGUUUUAACUACGUUUUCUAAACCACUUAUUCAGAUUCAAAAUGGGGAUUUGUUUCAAAAUAAUGUCUCAUGUGGUUGCCCUGUCUGUAUUUUAGCAAUUCAGCUUUUGAUGACCAAAACUACAAAAAUAGAAAUCAAGUUGUAACAUAUAAAGCCAUCAACUGAGUAAUAAAGAGCUGAUAAUGUCAGGGGAUAGUGUUAUAGGGGGAAACUGCAAACAAUGCCUAAUAAUGUGAGGGAGUGAAUUGAUUUGGGUGUUUGUGUAAUCUUCACCUGUGCAUAGGUCAUAUGUUUUCUCCGUCUUUGGUUUAAUCUUUACAUCCCCUUUUCCUUGAACUUCAAGGUGAUUUGGCAUUUACAGGGUACAUUUACACUUAAGCAAUAUUCAGUGGAGAUAGUGUUCAGAG